AGCUGUGAUAGUGGACAGAGAGUUAUUUAAGCAUGAAUCUAACCAUGUGAAAUUCUGUUUUGUUUCAUUGUUUUUUUCAGAAUCCGCCACUUUGGAUAACAGCCGGAGAUGAAGUACGAUACAGAGAAAAGCACUUCAAAGCAAUGAAGAUACUCCCAAAUUAUUGUCUGUUCUUCUGUAGCGUUUCUGAGUGCUGUGAGUGUAGGGGAAAUGGUUCCUGAGAUAGAGACCUGGACAAUCAUUAUAUGAGCAUUGUUUUCAUCAAUUGCAAGCACAGCUACUUCACAAAAGCCUUGUUGACCUACACAAUGACUGGCCAACUAACUGAAGAUACAUCAGAAUCUUCCAACUUGAAUCCUGAUGAACUUGAAUGCAAAAUAUGUUACAACCGUUACAAUCUAAGGCAGAGAAAACCAAAAGUCCUGGGGUGCUGUCACAGAGUGUGUGCCAAAUGCCUUUACAAACUUGUUGACUGCGUGGAGUCCCCGCAGUGCGUUAUUGUAUGUCCAUUCUGCAGAUUUGAGACACGUCUGCCAGAGGAUGAGGUCAACAGCCUGCCUGAUGACAAUAAUAUCUUACUGAAUUUGGCAUGUGGUGGAAGAGGGAAGUGUUCUUCUGACAAUCCUACAGAACUGUUGCUAACCCCAAAACGUCUCUCUACGCUUGUAACACCAUCCCACAGUUCCACCAACUGCCUUGUUAUUACUAUCAUGGAGGUGCAGAGAGAAAGCUCCCCUACACUCAAUGCUACUCCCGUGGUAGAAUUCUACAGGCCUUCCACAUAUGACCCUGUUUCAAUGCCUCAAAACUGGACCGUGUGGAAUUGCACAUCCUUGAUCUGCCAAACCUCUGUGCGUGUGUUUGUUUGGUUGCUAGGCUUACUUUAUUUCAGUUCAUUACCCUUAGGGAUCUAUUUGCUCGUAUCAAAAAAGGUAACUCUAGGGGUUGUCUUUGUUAGCCUUGUUCCUUCAAGCCUGGUUAUUCUCAUGGUAUACGGCUUCUGUCAGUGCGUAUGCCAUGAAUUUCUAGACUGUAUGUCCACGUCAUAGCUGAUACAGAACAAGUAACUCUCUUAACAAUGCAGAUUUUGUUUUUCCCAGCUAUAACGAUAGAUUCAUUUAAUUGCACUUUUAAUUAAUAUUUUGUAUUUGAAUCAAUGCAGAUUUAUAGGUCGCAAGUUUCUCUGCUGACAUUGGUUUUAGCUGUACUGCUGUUCUUUUACUAGAGUUAGUUUGAUUACGUCUUAUAGUUGUUUUGUAUCUAGACCAAGUUUUACUGAUACAAAAUUAGUUUAUAGACAAACUUGUGUGUCCAAAAAUAAUGUAGUAAUUUCUCUAAGCAAUGUCAAGUUAAUGUUAGUGAAUAGAAUUAGGGACAGUAAUAUACUUCCCUGAUUUAACUAAAGUGAGAUUAUUUGCUCUGAUUAUAUGGAGCCGAAUGAAUCUUGGCCAGAGAUGGCUAAGUUUGACACUGCCAGUAUUUGUGUACUGUAUCUCUCGUGAUGCUCAGCCAAACUAAGAGCUAGAAGAGAAUCAUGGGAAAUGUAGUUCACACAUGUCUGCACUGGCAGACUUAGUCAUUUCUGCCUUAGACUCUGUGAAUUCGUAUCAUGCUGUAAAUGCUGAUGAUUGUAAUAACUCUGUAGCAAUGCUGGUGCUGUCAGAAGAAUGUAAUUCUUAAAUAAUAUUUUAUUUCACUGUAUUUACUUGCUUCAUUUUUAAAGGCAGAAUUUUUUUUUUUUAGUCGAUGAUGUUUUACAUACUUGUGUAUCUAUUAUUUAAUUACAUUACGGAAACUUUCAUAUAUACAGGGUGUAUUCUUUUUUUUAUCAUAUUGGGUAAAGAAAAUAAAUCUGUAGCCCCUAUCAUUUGCAGUUAUAUGCAGAAUGAUAUUAUAUUCAAUAUGUAACAUUGAUAAUGGAGCCAUCUAACACAUCUAGUAUUUAAUGAGUUUGCAGAAUGUUUAUUAAUCAGACAAUUAAUUUAGUUUGGCAGCCCUUGUGUUCUUAGCAAUAUAAGUGUUGCUAUUUCCUUUAAAUGGAAAAUUAGACGGUCAAUGCUACAUGGCUGCUUAGGAAAAUGGUAUACAUUAUUAGGGUAUUCCAAAGGCAGGUAGCUAACAAUGAUCCUCCAGAUGGUUUCUAACUACAGUUCCCUUGAUGCAGAGCCAACAGAGCAUCUUGGGAAAUUUAGUUCAAAACCCUUGUCAAAGUUAGCCAACAUGCAUUAUGUGUUUUAAAAUCAUCCCUUUGUUUCUGGGUAAUGUCUGUAUUUGAAAUAUCUCUGAAUACUGUUUUAGAUACUCUGAUUUUACCCCUUUGCUCCACCCUUGUAUUUUGCAAACAAUUGCAUAAAAUGUGUGAUUUUAAAGAAACAGUAAUUCAUGCUAACUUGUUUACAUCACUGAUAAAGAACAGCCAAACUGAGAAUGUGGAUUAACAUACUGCAAGUAAUUACAGUGACAUUUGCAGAGAGUUGGCAUCAAUUAGAUCUCAUUAUAUCUUUAAUAUAUUUGCAAAAUGCAUCUACUUAAAUAAGACACAAAAAGUUUAGAUAUCUUAUUUUACAUAUCUCAGACCUAUCCCAUUGUCUCUUUAUAUAUAUAUAUUAAUGCAGCACUUAAAAGGGUUAAUGGAAUCCAUGCAGUGGCCUUUUGAUAAAAUACCAUUUAUGAAAUUAACAAUAUCUCUUUAAAUAUGUUCUUCUAACUGUGUUAAAUCAUUUUUUACCAUGCCUCCAUUAAAUAUAUAGCGUUUAAUAUUGUUUGUGCUCACAUUUCCGUACCUAUGUACUAGAAUGGUACUGUAGCAUAACUUAACUGAUGUUAAUAGAAAAAUGUAUUUUUAUGGCCUUAUUAAGGGUGCUGCCGAACCUUGUUGUCUCACUUUAAAGCAUAUUUAUGACUACAUAUAGCAUUGUGAAAAUCUUUAAAGGAACACUCCAAACACCUUAACAAAAGUUUUUUUUUUACUAAUUACAAUAGUGGUUAUGGUGCUUGGAGUGUUUGUUUAAUAAUGCAUUUCAGGCCCCACCCUGAAAUAAUUCUUAUAUUGUGUAAAAUGUUGCCUCAUGGUUACCAGGGAUGAUUGAUUGAACUAGUCAUAUGACAAAAAGAAAAUAGUAUAGAUAAAUUUAGUGUCUUUGUUACCUUAACAGUAUGGUAUAAAUAUGUAUUUUUCUGUGUUUAAAACCAUUGGUAAAAUAAUGUAAUAAUAAAACUGCUUAAUUUUCUCUGAUUAACAUGUGAGAUUUUAGGUUUUCUCUGGGUAAAAUCUAUAUUGUGAGCAAGUGGGUCUGAGUUCUACAAAGUAUUUGUCUAAAAAAAGUAGCACAACUGUACAAAGCCAAUGGGAGAGUUGAUCUGUGCACUACCUAUCUCUCUUUGGCUGAAUAUAUGUUCUAAUAUAAAACCCCUAUAAUUUAUAUAUUGAUAAGUCAUAGAGCAUUUGUUGUAUUUAAAGGGACACUCCGGACACCUAAAGCACUUUAGCUAGUUGAAAUGCUUUACAUGUGAAGAAUGAGUCCUCUUUUUUUUCACUUUACAAAAAUUGCAGAUUUCAUUAGAAAGUGUCAUGUUUAAAAAUAUACCUUGUUACACCUCCUUAGCUGUCAAACACACAACUGGUCCUGUUACUCACAUAAAAAAAGUCUGGGCUGGGGAAGAAGGGGGAAGAUUGCAAAGGCAGUAGACUAAAGCUGUUAAAUGUACCCCCAAUGAAAAAAUGCAUAAUGAAAUGCAUGCAUGUGUCCAUUUUGGGUAUAUGUACUAUCUGGGCAGUGGAGUGUCCCUUUAAAUAGGUAUUGUCACAAAUUAAAUCAUUCACCACAGUUUGCUGACCCAUAGUUUCCAAAACAGUUCAAAUUGGACAUGGAAACAAAUAUAAUAACGUUAAAGGAGCACUAUAGGGUCAGGAACACAAACAUGUUUUCCUGACCCUUUAGGGUUAAAACCACCAUCUAGCCCCUCUGGUCCCCUCAUGCCUCCCUAAAUAUAGUAAAAUCUUACUUGUAUUCAAGUCUGCAGCUGCUUAUUUUGUCCCUUUUUACUUUAGACCUGCCUGCUGACAUCAUCAGAAGUGGUAGCCUAAUCCAAUCACAAUGCUUCCCCAUAGGAUUGGCUGAGAUGGACAAAGAGGCAGAUCAGGGGCAGAGCCAGCACAAUUCAAACACGGCCCUGGCCAAUCAGCAUCUCCUCAUAGAGAUGAAUUGAAUCAAUUAAUCUCUAUGAGGAAAGUUCAUUGUCUGCAUUCAGAGGGAUGAGACACUGAAUGUUUGGAUCCAUUUUAGGCAGCCAUGACCCAGGAAGGAUCUCUAACAGCCAUCUAAGGAGUGGCUAGUGAAGUUAUCACUAGGCUGUAAUGUAAACACUGCAUUUUCUGAAACAAGCAGUGUUUACAGCAAAAAGCCUGAAGGUUCAAAUUCAAUAAGCUGUAGUUGUUCUGGUGACUAUAAUGUCCCGAUUUGCAACAUAUUAAAAUAUAUACACA